GAGGGGAGGAGCGCGGCCCCGCCGCCCCGUUCCCCGCGCAGGCACCGCCCCGUUCCCCGCCGUGCCCGGCGCUGCCCCGCGGCCGCUGCGCUGCUCCGGCUCGUCCCGCGCGUCGCGGCGCUCCCGGCAUGGCGGAGAGCCCGGGGCGGCCCCCGGAGAGCAGCGAUGUCCCGCGGGACGGAGGCGAGGACGAGGCGGCGGCCGGGGCUCGGGCCGGGCUGUGCCCCGAGGGGGCGGCCGAGCCCCCGGACGGGCCCGCGGAGCGGCCGCGGCUGAGCGCCGGGGACGGCGGCUCCCCCGAGAGCCCGGGGACACCGAGCGGGGACAGCCCGGGGCACGAGGGGCAGCCGGGGGUGACGGACGGGCCCGAGGGCUCCGCGGCGGACAGGGCAGAGCCCGAGGGAGAGGCGGUGGCGGCGGCGGGGACGGAGCCUGGAGGGGCAGCCCCGGCGGGGAUGGAGCCCGGGGACGCGGCUGAGAGCCCGGCGGGGACGGCGCGGGAAGAGGCAGCCCCGGCAGCCACAGAGCCCCGGGACGGCGCCGCGGCCCCGGCGGGGACGGAGCCCGAGGGCGCUGGGGUCGCUCCGACGGGGACGGAGCCCGAGAAAGCGACAGCGGCGGGGACGGAGCCUGAGGGACAGGCGGUGGCACCGGCGGGGACGGAGCCCCGGGUGAGAGAGGCGGUGAGGGAGGAAGGCUCGGCCGAGAGAGAGCCCCAGGAGGCGGCCACCACUGUGCCGGCAGAACCAGAGCCUGAGGAGGCUGCGGCGACAGCCCCGGCGGGGACAGAGCCCGGGGAAGCAGAGGCGACAAUUCCGGAGGGGACAGAGCCCGGGGAAGCAGAGGCGACAAUCCCGGAGGGGACAGAGCCCGGGGAAGCAGAGGCGACAAUCCCGGAGGGGACAGAGCCCAGGGAAGCAGAGGCGACAAUCCCGGAGGGGACAGAGCCCGGGGAAGCACAGGCGACAGCCCCGGCGGGGACAGAGCCCGGGGAAGCAGAGGGGACAAUCCCGGAGGGGACAGUGCCCAGGGAAGCAGAGGGGACAAUCCCGGUGGGGACAGAGCCCGGGGAAGCAGAGGGGACAAUCCCGGUGGGGACAGAGCCCGGGGAAGCAGAGGGGACAAUCCCGGUGGGGACAGAGCCCGGGGAAGCAGAGGGGACAAUCCCGGAGGGGACAGAGCCCGGGGAAGCAGAGGGGACAGCGCCAUCGAGGACAGAGCCCGGAGAGGCGCCAGGACAGGCGGGCUCAGAGGGAGCAGAGCCCGAGGAAGCUCUGAAGGAGGCAGCCCCGGCAGGGACAGUCCCCGAAGAUGCGGUGCAAGAGGCAGCCCCGGCGGGGACAGAGCCCGAGGAGGCCGCAGUGACAGCUCCAGCGGGGACAAUCCCCGAGGAGGGGUUGGGGACAGUCCCCGGGGAUGAAGCGCGGGAGGAAGCUCCAGCGGGGACAGUCCCCGAGGAUGCGGUGCAGGAGGCAGCCCGGGGUGAUGUGGCGGUCCCUGAGGGUGAGGCGCAGGAGGCAGCCCCGGCUGCGACAGUCCCUGAGGAGGCGUUGGGGACAGACCCCGAGGAUGCUGCGCAGGAGGCGGCCCCGGCUGGAGUGACAGCUGUGGAGGAUGAGAGGCAGGAGGCGGCCCCAGCUGAUGUGGUGGUCCCCGAAGAGGCGCUGGGGACAGUCCCUAAGGAUGAGCUGCAGGAAGCAGUUCCGGCUGGGACAGUUCCCGAGGAGGGGGCGGCCCCGUUGGGGACAGUCCCUAAAGGUGAGGUGCAGGAGGCAACUCAGGCAGGGACAAUCCCUGAGAAGGUGCCGGGGACAGUCCCCGAGGAUGCGGGGCAGGAGAGAGCUCCAGCAGGGACAGUCCCUAAGGAUGCGGUGCAGGAGGAGGCCCCGGCAGGGACAGUCACCGAGGAGGGCUUGGGGACAAUUCCCAAGGAUGCGGUGCAGGAGGCAGCCCCGGUUGAUGUGACAGUCCCCGAGGAUGCGGUGCAGGAGGCGGUCCCGGUUUCUGGGACAGUCGCCGAGGAGGUGUUGGGGACAAUCCCCAAGGAUGCGGUGCGAGAGAGAGCUCCAGUAGGGACAGUCCCUGAGGAGGCGCUGGGGACAAUUCCCAAGGAUGCGGUGCAGGAGGCAGCCCCGGGUGAUGUGACAGUUCCCAAGGAUGAGGUGCAGGAGGCAGCACCGGGUGAUGUGGCAGUCCCCGAGGAUGCUGUCGCGGGUGAUGUGGCAGUCCCCGAGGAUGCUGUCGCGGGUGAUGGGACAGUCCCCGAGGAUGCUGUCCAGGUUGAUGUGGCAGUCCCCGAGGAUGCUGUCGCGGGUGAUGUGACAGUCCCCGAGGAUGCUGUCGCGGGUGAUGUGGCAGUCCCCGAGGAUGCUGUCCAGGUUGAUGGGGCAGUCCCCGAGGAUGCUGUCACGGCGGGGGGCAGCGCGGAGCCUGCCGAGGGCCGCGGGGCAGCGCAGGUGGCCGUGCCCGCCCAGGGGCCCCCGGCUGGCGGUGCCCGGUCCCCGGGCGGCCCCGGUGGCCAGGCGGAGGCGGAGCGGGGACCGCCAGCCCCGGCGGGGACAGGAGCCCCGGGGCCCGAGAGCGGCUGGGACCGGAGCCUGAACGGGGAGCGGGAGCGGGCGCAGCACCGGGAGGACGGGACGGGCGCCCCGGAGGAGGAGGAGGAGGAGGAGGAGGAAGAUGAGAAGCAGGACCACGACAUCUCCCUCUUCGUCAAGGCCGGCAGUGACGGGGAAAGUAUCGGGAACUGCCCGUUCUCUCAGCGCCUCUUUAUGAUCCUGUGGCUCAAAGGUGUCAUUUUUAAUGUCACAACCGUGGAUCUGAAAAGAAAACCUGCAGACCUGCAGAACCUGGCCCCGGGCACCAACCCCCCGUUCAUGACCUUUGACGGGGAGGUGAAGACUGAUGUCAACAAGAUUGAGGAGUUCUUGGAGGAGAAGCUGGCGCCGCCCCGGUAUCCCAAACUCGCACCGAAGCACCCUGAGUCCAACUCCGCAGGAAAUGAUGUCUUUGCAAAAUUCUCCGCAUUUAUAAAGAACCCGAGAAAAGAUGCAAAUGAAAAUUUGGAAAAAUCUUUGCUUAAAGCCCUGAAGAAGCUGGACAACUAUUUAAAUAGCCCCUUGCCUGAUGAAAUCGAUGCUUACAGCACGGAGGAGAUCACAGCUUCCAGCCGGAAAUUCCUGGAUGGAGACGAGCUCACUUUAGCAGAUUGCAACCUCCUACCAAAGCUCCACAUCAUCAAGGUCGUUGCAAAAAAAUACCGAAAUUUUCACUUCCCACCUGAAAUGACAGGGAUUUCCAGAUACUUGAAAAAUGCAUAUGCAAGAGAUGAAUUCACAAACACGUGCCCUGCUGACCAGGAGAUCGAAUAUGCUUAUUUGGAUGUGGCAAAGAGAAUGAAGUAACCUGGAGAUGCCUCCCUUUAUUGCUUCUGUGAUGGACAACAGCCAAGCUGGAAAAAAGCAAAAACCAGCAGAGAUUCUGCAGUGUGAUUUUAAGUUCUGCUAUCAGCCAA